AUGUCCGACUACGAGGAUGAAAUGGAUGUGGAUGUGCCCCAAGACGUCCAGUUCAGCUCUGACAACGCCAGUGGAAAAAAGAGAACUGUCGCCGAUUUACCAGUCGAAGCUCAAGAUAAUCUGCCAUGGGUCGAGAAAUACCGACCAAAGAGCCUAGAUGAUGUGUCCGGCCAUCAAGACAUUCUCGCGACUAUCAACCGCUUCGUGGAGACAAAUCGACUGCCCCAUCUUCUCCUCUACGGCCCCCCAGGAACCGGAAAGACCUCCACUAUCCUGGCCCUCGCGCGGCGGAUUUAUGGCACCAAGAACAUGCGACAAAUGGUGUUGGAGCUGAAUGCAAGUGAUGAUCGUGGCAUUGAUGUGGUUCGAGAACAAAUCAAAACUUUUGCAAGCACGAAACAGAUCUUCAAUAUGGCUCCUCAGGCCGCCGGCGGCUCCUCUUUGGCAGGGUUUAAGCUUAUCAUUCUAGACGAGGCCGAUGCCAUGACCGCAACCGCACAGAUGGCUCUUCGUCGCAUUAUGGAGCGGUACACAGCCAAUACCCGAUUCUGCGUCAUUGCCAACUACACACAUAAGUUGUCUCCAGCCCUUCUGUCUCGUUGUACACGAUUCCGCUUCAGUCCUCUGAAGGAGGCUGAUAUCCGCUGUCUGGUCGACCAAGUGAUUGAGAAGGAAGGUGUCCGGAUACAGCCCGAGGCAGUUGAUAGUCUAGUGACCCUGAGCAAGGGUGAUAUGAGACGAGCUCUGAAUGUGCUCCAGGCAUGCUUUGCCAGCAGUAUCCCGCUGCCAAUGAGAGAUGCCCCCAAAGCUCCUCGUCCCGAGCCUGAGACUGUCACCAACGCGACGAUUUACGAUUGCAUUGCCGCCCCCCAUCCGUCUGAUAUCCAAGAAAUUAUGACGACCAUUCUCUCCACGAGCGAUGUCACUUCCUGCCUAAGUACUGUGCAAACCCUCAAGUCCACCAAGGGUCUGGCUUUGGCCGACAUCCUCUCUGCGCUGGCCGACCAACUCCAGCAGCUUGAAGUUCCAGCUCAAACACGUAUCACGUGGCUUGAGGGACUGGCCGAAAUUGAAUGGCGACUUGCUGGGGGUGGUUCAGAAGUUAUUCAGACUGGAGGACUUGUCGGUGUGGUGCGAAAUGGGUGCGAGUUAAUGGGCGAUAAAGGUGUCACGGUGGCAUAG